CCCUGCUGCAAGUGUGUGUCCGCGGAGUGCAAAUGGCAAAUGGCGUAGGCGAUAGUUAAGUUCAAGUUUUAGCAAUAUUUUAUUAGAAUGCCAAUGCCAAAUAGUUAAUUCUUAGUUGUUUAAUUCAAUUUUUUUUUGUUCGUAAACUCUGUGCAAUAAAUUAGCCAAAGAAAAACAAAACCAAGUUCGCAACUAAUUUUCGCUUGUUAAACGCUAACGGUACGGUCUCUUCGGUACGGUACGGUUGCCUGCUGCCUACGCAGUUCGUUUUUACAAAGGUGUAUAUAUAUAUAUAAAGAUAUCUAUAUAGAGAGAAAAAUAUCGAUUUGACCGCGCCGACAGAAAAAUGCCCGCAAAUAUGGUGGGACUAUUGAAUCCCAUGAAGUAUGGUGAUCAUUUCUACGAGUUGUUUACAAACCAAACACGCAGACGAACCCACAAUGAGAGGAGAACCCUCACCAAGCGCAAAAGCCGCAAGGAGAAGUCAGCGGCAGCGAUGGCGGCCGCUGCUGCCGCCGCCGUGUUGGAUGGGAAUCCUGGCGGCAUUGUCAAUCCCCUGGAUCCGCCGCUGGUCAAGGAGCAGCUGUUGAUCAUGCCCUCGUUCCCGGCGGGUCACAUCGAGAUAGAGCCGAACGCCUCCAAGUUUGCCGUCUUUUCGGCCAUUCGCACCGCAGUCCUCGAGGCGGAGACGCGUUAUGCCCUGCUGCAGGAGGGCGGCGGUGCCGGCCGGGAGGCUGGCAUGGGCCUGAAAAAGUGGGCCGCCAACUUGGACUCGUCCUGCUGUCUGCUGUGCGCCGCCAGCUGCCUGGCCAGCAACAUUCUGGACUGCACAUGUCACGCUCAAUUGGCGCUCGCUGCCGGGGCGCUCGGCGGUGGCGCAGGGCCCGGCAUUGCGCCGGGCGGCGCUGCCAUCGCUGGCCUCAUCGGUGUGGUGAUCGGCCCCGGCGGACCGGGUGGCUCCAGCGACAAGCGCAACCGGCGCGAUAGCGCCAACAGCGAUGCGGACUCGGACACCGAGGAGCCCACCGAACGGGAGCCCGUCUAUGCCACCGUUCCGCUCAUCGUGGGCGCCGGACUGCGCAGUCUGUUCGAGCUGAUCGCCGACGCCCGCCACAUUCAGCCGCUGCUCUGCACCAAGGCGCUCAAGGCCCUGCUCGACGUUAUCCAGGGCCAGCAGCCCGAGUCCUUCAAGAUGGAACCGGAGGAGCUGAUCAAUCCGCUGUACGAUCUGCUGCUCGAUCUGGCCACCAUGCCGGCGGCUCUGAAUUCCACAACUGGCGCCGAGGCCAACUGGUCGGCCAUGGCCUGUGCCGCUCUCCUGGGCCUGUGCAUUGCCCGGGGAGACACGGGCAAGAUGCUCAAAGCGAUUGCCGCCAUGCUCAUGUCACCGCGGCAGCUCUCGGCACAGAUUGUCCAACUGCCGGCAGUGCUGGCCGCCCUGCAGCACACGGUGAUCAGUGCGGCGCUGAACAAGCCCACACGGCCGGACUUUCAUAGCCACGGAGUGCCGCACAAUUCCCUAAUCGAUGAGUUCCCCUUGAAGCUGCCUGAGGUGGGGCCCGGUGGCCCCGAAACGGCCCCAGCCAUGGCCUGCGACGGUGUCUUCUUGUAUCUGCUGUACGAUGGAUAUCUGCUGAAGAUCGGCACUGGCUUUGGGGGCUCCUACAAGGGGCAUGUGUACGCGCAGAACGAUGACUUUACGCGAGAGCGAAACGCCUGGCUGGGCUACAGUGCGGGGCAUUUGUAUUUCAGAAGGAAUUGUCGCCGCAACACGGGCGAUCAGCUGCAGCUGGUGGGCCUCGACACGCUGGCCCUCAAGUCGAUGAGCCCCCUGAACAUGCUGCCCAUGCGCGAGGGCAUCAACUAUGUGCUCUUCACCGACGACGACUCACUCCAUGCCAUCUGCAGCAACCGCGACGACACGCUGGUGGUGAAGAAGCUGAAUCUGUACCACAACAGCUACAGCAGCGAGCCGCAGCCGUUUGAGCUGCCGCUGCAGCUGGCACGCAAGAAAUUCCGCACUCUGGGCUACGCGGCCUUCGAGGACGAUCUGCUCAACCAGCAUCAGGUGCAGCGCAUUCAGUCGUCGCACAACAGCUUUGAGCCCAAGCUGCCGGCCACCUGUCGCGACGCUGAUGUCGAUGUGCUGGGCAUGGCCUGCGGCAAGGAGUUCGGCCUGGUGCGGGCCAGCAACGGACGCGUCUACUACUACGGCAAGUCGACGGCGCUGGGCCUCAAGUGCGUGGGUCGCACGCCCUCGCUGAAGCUCACCGAACUGAUCAUAUCAAAGGCGGCGCACAUUGUCCAUGUGGCCGUCGGGCACGAUGGCAUCCAUGCGCUGCUGGUGAACGACGAUGGGACCGUCUUCUUUGCCGGCACAGCACGGCGCGGCGAGGAUGGGGACACCAGCAAGAACCGUCGCCAGCCGAAGGCCGUCAAGCCCAAAAAGAUGACCAAAAUCGAUGGCCAUGUGGUGGUGCAUGCCGCCUGCAACAAUGGCACCUCGGCGUUCGUCACCAAGGCGGGCAAGCUGAUUAUGUACGGCAAGGACACGGCCCACUGCGAUGCCAUGGGCUUUGUCACCGAACUGCUGGACCAGCACAUCACCAAGGUGGCGCUGGGCAAAGCCCAUUGCGUGGCCCUCAAUGCCAAGGGGCAGCUCUUCUCGUUCGGCCUCAACAACAAGGGCCAGUGCGGACGAAUAUUCAAUAAGCUGCAGCCCGUCAAGGAUGUGGCCUCCUCCUCCUCGGCCGCUUCCUGCUUUGCCGCCCUGCUGCCGCCCGAUAAACGCUACAAAUUGGACCUCUCCGCCCUGUGCGACUACGACGAUCACAGUCUGGUGCAGGGCCAGUGUCGCGUUUGCAUUGUCUGCCGCGAGUGCACAGGCUACAAUGUCAGCUGCGUCUCGGCGCUGAAUGUGCCGCUCGAACAGCGGCUGGCGGGCAGCAUUUGCCCCUGUGGGCAUGGCGAUGCGGGCUGCGCCAAGUGCGGUCUGUGUGCCACAUGCAUUGCCCUGCAGGAUAACGAUAAUGACGCCAAUCGGGAGCUCAAGUCUCUGUCCACCGAGGUGCAGCAGCGACAGCAGCGCUCCAAGACGCUGCUCAUGCGACGCAAGGAGAAGAAACCCUGUGAGCUGGAGACGGGCGCCGCUGGCGGUGGCGCCGCAACACCCACCGAUCUGGACAAGGAUCCACCGCGUGUGGCCCCACUGGCGCCACAACUGCUGCAGCUGCCCAGCGCCUCGCCGGUGGUGCAAGUUGCCUGCGGCCUCCAUCACACCGUGGUGCUGACGCUGGCCGGCGAGGUCUACACCUUUGGCAGCAAUCAGUACGGACAGCUGGGCAGCGGCGACCUGCAGCCGGUCAGUGGUCCGGUGCGUGUGCAAGUCCAAGGCGCCAUCAGUCAGGUGGCAGCCGGCAGCAAUCAUUCGGUGCUGCUGACCCACAAGGGGAUGGUCUACACAUUUGGCAACUACCAAAAGGGACAGCUGGGUCGUUUGCCCAGCGAUUUUGGCCCCAAUGUGGACAAGAGUCAGAGACCAGGACAGAGUCCAGGCCAGCCGCUGGAUGAAGAGCCCAGCAGCACAGUUGCCUCGAGUGCAGCCAGUGCCAGUGAUGCUCCAGCUGCUGCUCCUGUUACUGAGAGCAGUGUGCUGCCCAGCUGCAGCAAGGAGCUGCCACCAUUGAUGCCCAAUUUCGCCUGUCCCGUGCUGACACAAAGGCAAAAGUUUCUCUGGAACUGCUCCCCGGCAGCUGUAUUCGGCCUGGGUCCCAGCUUUGGCAAGAAAGUCACCUGGAUCGGCGCCAAUGGGGAUCAGACAUUCAUCAAAAUCGACGAGUCGCUGAUCACCGCCCAAAUGCUGCCCAAAAUGCAUGUGGUGGCCAACAGGAAGACCAUUUUGCUUGUUCCCAGCAUACCGCUGUCCUUUCAUACGUUGUCCAUCAACAGACGGGAUGGUAGCUGCACGGCUCACUAUCGCGGCCAGAGCAACUUUAUUCAGCUGAUGCAGGCACAACCUCAGGCACAGCCACAGGCACAGCCGCAGGAUGCGGCGACACCUGUGAUGGCCUCACCAGCGCUGGCAGAGCCCGUGGCUCAUGCCUCGUCCUCGCUGCUGACUGCACUGGCGGGCACGGCCACCGCUGGCGUGCCGAUCAACGAGCAAAUGUCGCGCAGCAUGCACGAGGGUCGCAAUCAGAUCUUUGAGGAGCCCGAGGAGCGCGGUGUGGCCGUGGUGGCCUCCGGCAGCGGCGGCUGUAUACCGCGUCCGCGUCGAUUUCUGCGGCAGCGACUCGAAAUGGGUGCACCCGGUUCGCCGUCAGAGCAGCUGCAGUCACCGCAGCAGCUGGCCUUUGCCAUGGAUCCCAGCUACAAUGUGUUGUGGGUCUUCGAUGGCGUCUCACGGCGCAUUCGCUGCCACAAUGUGGUGGCCAGCGACAUAGCCGAAAGCGAUGAGAAUGCGGCCAACUACAGGGCGCUGCUCUCGCCAGAGUUGUCGCUGCCCAUAAAGGCGGAGGCACGCGUAUCGCGCUCGCAAGGAUCCCUCAAUCUGCUCGCCUGCCUGGACAUACUCACCUCAGCGCAGGACAAUAUACCGUACUGCUUCGAGCAGACGCUGCCGAAGGCCAUACAUCCCGCAACGGAGACGCCGGGCGGCGACUAUCAGGUGGUGAAUCGCUUUGACAACUUCGGAGGCGGCUGGGGCUACUCCGGACACAGUGUGGAGGCCAUACGCUUCGCCUCGGACACGGACAUUGUGCUGUGCGGCUUCGGGAUGUUCGGCGGACGCGGCGAAUACAGCUGCAAGGUGAAGCUCUUCGAUUUGGGCACCGACGGUGGCGGCUACGAGAAGGAGGGCGUCCUCCUCAGCGAGACCAAGGAGGUGCCGUACGAGUGCGCUGCCCGCAGCAAGCAUCACAUUCUGCUGCCCAAGCCGGUGAGUGCGGCAGCGGGACGCUGGUAUCUGGUCUGGGCACGCAUCGCGGGACCCUCCUCGGACUGUGGCUCGUGCGGUCAGGCGUCGGUCACCACCGAGGAUCAGGUGGUGUUCUCCUUCAAGUCCAGCAAGAAGGCCAACAACGGCACCGACGUCAACUCGGGCCAGAUACCCGCCAUUCUGUAUCGCCUGGUCACCCAGGACUGCAAGCAGACACCCGCACCCAUGGACGCCGAUCCCGUGCAGCGAAUAUCGCGCGCCUUUGCCAACAGCGUUAGCCGCGAGUGCUUCGAGAGUCUGGUCGUGCUGCUCAGCUGGUCCUGGGAGAGCUUCAAGACGCAGCUGCGCGAACAGAGCGAUCGCUCGCGUCCCCUGCAGCUGCAACAGUCGCUGCAGUAUCUCGGCUACGUGAACAAGUCCUGUCUGCGACUGCUGCGCAAGUACACCAACGAGAUAUAUCCACAGCGAGCGAACACUUCGACGGGUGGAAACGCUGUUCGAAACAACAAGAGCGGCUCCUCUGGCCCAUCCGGCAGUGCUGCUGGUGGCAGCAUGGUGGCUGCAGCUCUAUCCAAAUUGGAGUCCAAGUCAAGCAAAGACAAACAUGUGCCCCGUGUUGUGCCCAAUCCCAUAACAGUGUCCAAAUACUUUGGCGAACAUCCGUCGACAUCGGGCGCUGGUGCUUCGGGUGGAUCAAGAGGUGGCGCUGACAAUACAGCAGCUGGCACAGGCACGCCGAUCACACGGAAAGCGAAUCUCGAGAAUAUCCAACUGGCCGAGUGUGUCGGCAAUGUGCGAGCCCUGCUCAUUGGCAUCUUCUGUGACGACAUCUUCAAGGACAUAGCCACAGAUGAAGGCUACGCCUUGACACUGGAGAUCCUGGAGGAGUGCCAUCUGAGCUUUGUGGCCUGCUUCGAUGCCUUCUAUCCGACCUCCUCGCUCAAGUGGAGCUGCCUGUGCGAUCUGCUGGCGCAGAUGGAUCGCGGUGCACUGCACUCGCGCCUGCUGAGUGCCAUUCUGGCGGGCCUGUGCUCGCCCACAGUGAAGCUGCGGGCCACCUUCUCGCUGCUGAGUGCGCCCGGCAACGAUCGCCAGUCGAUCAUCAGUCCCAGCGACAACUCGGGCCUGCCCAUGCUCUCCUCCACGGAUGCGCAUCAGUAUCCCAUACUGGUCGAGCAGAUGAUCUACCGCACGCAGCAGGAGAAGAGUGACUUUCUGAUCAGCUCGUGGACGUUUAAGGAUGUGCUCGUGCGGCUGCUGGACAUCAUUGCCAGCCCCAUACGGCAGCGCAUCGAGUCGAUAUACAGCCGCAGCCUGGAGGGCAGCUACCCGGGCAAGGAGUGGAUCAACCAGGGUCUCAUCGACAACUGCUGCCACCUGCUGGCCCGCGUCCUCGCCGAGAUUGUCUACCAGACGGCCAUGGGCGAGUACGACAAGCUGUUUCUGCCGCCGCGCACACUGCACUCGACGGGCGCCCGCUUCGCCCGCUGUGACCUGAGUCGCACCUGGAACACGGGCAACUUUGGCCCCGAUGCCAUUGCCUUCUCGGUGGACCGGUCGGGCAUUGCCAUUGCUGGCGCCAUGGUCUACACGGGCUCGGGCAGCUACGACUAUCAGCUGGAGCUGCUCUUCGACAACACGGUGGACCUGCAGCCGCAGCACAAAUGGGAGACGCUCGAGUCGGUGUCGGGCAGCUAUGACCAGGAGGCGGUGCACAACGAUCUGGCAGAGAUUAAGUUCGAGCAUCCCGUACAAAUCAAGGAGCACGCCCGCUACGCCCUGCGCCUCUGCUCCCAGGGAGCACGCACCUGUUCCGGCGACUCGGGACUGCCCACAGUGCGCGGUCCGUGCGGCACAAAUUUCCACUUCUAUGCCUGCGAUCUGAGCUUCAAUGGCACGACACCGGCCCGGGGCCAGCUGCCGUGCAUCCUCUACUACAGCACGCCCAUCAAGCUGGAGGCGGGCGUCGUGGGAUCCGGCUCCACGGCCAUGGCAGCGGCUGAUGCUGCCAGCAUGCUGGCUGCCAGCAGCCAACUGAUUGCCCACGAGGUCUCCACGCGGGACACGGCGCUGCAGAUCGCCUCGGACAUAACAAAGAAGUGCACAGAGCUGCUGAUUAUGGCACGCAAUGCGAUGGCCGCCUCCUGCUCGCCCUCGGACAACAGCAGCUCCAAUUCGAAUCACACGCAAACCAUCGACUCGGAGCACAACAUAACGCCCAUCGAGGAGCACAUGGACAUUAACUGGGCCAACAAUUCACGCACUGCGGCCCAGCCACAGCCGCAGGCACAGCAGCCAGCCAGCUCGGCAGCGGCAGGAGCGGCGGCAGCGGCAGCGGCAGGAGCAGCAGCAGAUCCGCAGAACUCCACCGCCCGUGAUCUGGGCAGACGGAUUGAGUCCUUUUCGAAGGGCAUCAUGCAAACGCUGACAUUUGACAAGCGCUCAACGAAUCCAUUCGAAAUGGAAAUCGAAAUGGGUGCCACAGAGAUCGGUGAGGAGGAUUCCGAUGAUCUGGCAAAUGGGCAAAUUCCCAGCCAGAGUCAGGGACAGCUGCAGAGUGUUGUGCCCAUCAAUGGCAAUGAGCGUGUGGACUUUGAGGUGGCCGAACAGCCAGUGCCGACAGCACCGCCCCAGGAGGAGAUGCCACAAGUGUCGCAAUUCGCGCAACAGCAGCAGCAGCAAUCGCUGCUGGUACACUCGGACUCGGAGGAGGCGGCGGCGGCCAUCGAUGCUGCAGCUGGAGCUGGAUGCAGUGGCUUUGCUGGCAUAGGAGCAGCAUCCUCUGUGCUGGGCGAAGCUGCGAGAGGCGUGCCAGCAGGUGGUGGCUGCCCAGUGGCCGCUCUGCAGCUGCUGGAGGUCUUCAAUCUGUCCGCCUCGAAUAUGUUUCACACCCUGCUGCCGCUGGUCUACGCUCACAUGUCGAAUUUGGCCUGCAGCGAUCCCAAGAGCUCCGUGCAGAUACUCGGCUUGAUCAAGGAGAUUCUGCCACACAUUGCGGCGCUCAAUCAAUUGCAUGUGUCCAAGGAGCAACGCCAGCCUGAGGCAGCAGCAGCAGCAGCAGCAGCUGCCAGUUUUCCUCAUCCGCCAGAGGCAGCUCCAGCUGAACAGGCAGAAGUAGGAGCAGGAGCACCUCCAGCAACAGGCAGCUACAGUUCCAGCAACUCUGGUGGCUCCAGCAGCACCACCAGCAAUCACUACUGCAUGGUGGAGAGCGAGCAUCCGUAUCGAAGUGCCAGCAUCAGUUGCUAUCGCGUCGAGUUUCCGCCCUGCGUCCAAUGGAUGACCAUCGAGUUUGAUGGGCAGUCGGGCACGGCACAGCUGGAGGACUAUCUGCUGCUAUCCAUACCCAUGCGACCGGCCGAGCAGGCGGGCGAACCUGCCACCACCCAAACGGAUGACUACUACGAUAUGCUCGACAAUAAUCUGCCAAGUGCGGCCACGGACACACGUAGGACAGUGAUACCCACGGCAGCGGAGAUGGGUGGAGCAGCGGCUAAUAAAACUCGCUCCGCAAAUGCUCAGCUGCUGAUGGCCAGCUGUUGUCGCACUCCAGGCACAUCCACUGGUGGCAGUGGCUCUGGAUCCUCCUCCCUGCUGCGUGCCCAAGAUGCCAAUGACAGAGAAUGGAUUGUGGUCAAGAAGUUUAACACCGCUUCCAAUUGGCUGAUGAGUGUUCUGGUUGUGCCCGGCAAUUGUGUGGAGUUUUCGCUGGAGACAUCAUCGCUGUAUGCCCAGGAUCCGCACAAUAAUCGCUAUGGCUUCAAGUGUCUGGUGGUGGGCUAUGACAAUCCCACGGCUAUUAAUGGCAGCAAUUCGUGUUUGAUACGACUGGAGCAGGAGCUAUCCUAUUUGGGCGGCAUGUGCUGUGCCAAUCUCAUGAAGAAGGAGCUGAAUAUGCCAGAGGACAAGGAUGUUGAGGACAUGAGUGGCGUUGAGGAGACGAUUAUGGCGCAUCAUUCGUUGCUUUCCAAGGGAUUUGCACUCUCCGAUCCACAUCUGAAUGUACAUCAAGCUCUGGAACCAUAUCUGCCCAUUGGCUCACAAUCCAAUGAACGGCAAUUCCUUAAGGACUUUAUCAGCGGUGCACCUGGCUCCUCGGGUGCCCGACUGGCGGCCUGGCUGCAGCCAGAGUCCCGCCUGGAUCCCAACAAAUGCGAAAUGAAUCCCAUCACGGAGCCACUGCGCUAUGGUUGGCCCACCCAGGUGACCAUCACCAUCAGGGAUCAGUAUGGGGACGCUGUGCUCGUGCCCGAGCUGAAGGUGGAGAUCAAGGCCAUACCGACGGGCCCGGGUCCCCAUGGACCGGGCGGUGUGGGUGGCGCCAAUAUACUGCGCAUGCGUCGCGCCUCCUGCGCCACGUCGGCGACGGACGCGUGCCUGGGCGGUGUGGCGCCGCCGCCGCGCUUCAACUACGAGGUGACCACCAAGGAGCGGAUGUGCUUCAAGGCCAUCACCUUCAUGAAGCCCUUCACGAACUACUCGUUCGAGGAGCUGCGCUACUCCAGCCCCGUCCAGACGCGCACCACGGACACGCUCAGCGCCCGCGACAUGGAGGAUGGCACCUUCAGUGUCCAGUGGACGCCCAAUUCCGUUGGCGGCUACUGCCUGGCCGUCAUCAUCGACGGCAUCCAUCUGGAGGAGGUCUACCGCGUCGAGGUCAAGGAGGGAGUCCUGCCGCCGCCCACGCAGCGCAGCAGCGCCACGCGCCGCCCCCAGGCGCCCAGCAAGCUGCGACGCUUUCAGGUGCGCCACAGCGCGGGCCUCCGCAUCCGCUCCCAUCCCACGCUGCAGUCGGAGCAGGUGGGCGUGGUGCGGCUGGGCGGCAUCAUCUCGUUCAUCGACGAGAUCGAGAACGACGACGGCAUCUGGCUGCGCCUGUCCACGGAGUCCAUACGGCAGCACUGCACCAUGGGCUGGUACCCAACGGAGGCCUGGUGCCUGCAGUUCAACCAGCAUCUGGCCAAGGUGCUGCUGCAGCCCGUGCUGGACGCAGGAGGCGGCACCAAGGAUGCCCAGGGAUGCGCUCUGGCGCCAGCCAGUCCCACCGGCGGCUGCAGCGGCGACGCCAGCCCCGAGCCAGAGCCCGAGCACAGUCCCCCACCGAGCCCCGUGCUGCCCAAGUCGCCCGUUGUCCAGCGCCGCUUCCUAGGCGGUCCCGUCAACACGAAUCCCUUCCUCUUCCCCACCAAGCGGGAGCGUCAGCGAGAGCGCGAAAGGGAGCGAGAACGAGAAAUGGAACGGGAACGGGAACGAGAACGAGAGCGAGAGCGCGAGAAGGAAAAGGAGCGAGAGCGGGAGGAGCGAGAGCGAGUGCAGCAAAUGGAGCGAGAACCGGACCAGGAUGUGGACGUGGAAGCUGAACUGGAGCCAGAGCUGGCAGGCGCGUCUGCCCCACCGCCUGUAGCAUUCGAACAGGACAGGGAGCGGGAGAGGGAGAGGGAGCCGGAGCCGGAACUGGCGGGAGCGGCAGCAGCGUCGUCGUCGUCCUCCUCCUCGGCGGUGGCGGCCACGGAGCUUCUGCCCGCCAAUCUCGGCUCUGCCAUUGCCGGCGUUGUCGGUGGCGGUGCCAUACGGCUGCAGGCCCUACAAAAAUGGUUCAAAGGCGAUGCCAUCGAGGGUGCUCAGCAUCAGCCCCAGUCCCAGCAUCAAGGACAUGCCCAGGAGCACAGCCACAUGGAGGCAUCCUUUUCGCAGUCCCCGCCGCAGCACGCGGGUGUCUCUGUACGGGAAAUGGUGAGGGCCAUGGGACAGGAGGGACACUCACCUGGCUCUGCUUCGCCCUGCCCAUCGAUGCGGGGCAAUGGCAAUCGAAGCAGCAGUCAGCAGGAGCAGCAACAAACAGCAGCGGCAGCACCUGAGCCAGAGUUCAAUUUGGCCAGCAUGCGGCGACCCAACUACACCGCCAGCCAGACGGCGGCACUGCUGUCUACGCCGAAGCACACGCCACGUCGAACGGCCGCUGGGGUGGCGGCUGCCGCGGCAGCUGCUGCCGUGCAGGAUGUGGUCUCCGGCCUGGAGGAUGAUCUCAGUCUGCUGCAGAUAACGACCACGACAACGGGCACGGAGCAGCAAAGCGAAUUGCAAUUGGCAUCCACAUCGGCAGCAGCCACAGCCACAGCUGCUGGUUCCUCUGUGGCCUCCACAUCGGGUUCAGCGAGCUCCAAGCGCAACGCCAUGGGACCCAUUAAGCGGGCCAUGCCGCCGUCCUUUGCCGAGAGCAUUCGGGCCGUGUUUGCCGCUCUGCUGUGGCACGAGGGCGUCGUCCACGAUGCCAUGGCCUGUGCCAGCUUCCUCAAGUUCCAUCCCGGCCUGCCCAAGGAGGGGGCCACCGUAGUGACGCGACGCGGCGACUCGGGCGAUGCGCGGCUGCAGCUCUCCCGCGAGCAGAAGGCGCAGCAGCGGCACUCGGUGGAGGUGGCCAAUGCGGGGCACUACCUCAACAUACGGCCCUCCACGCUGGAGACGCUCACCAAGAGCGGCAACAGCUCGCUGCACAAUCGCAGCAAGCAUCGCAAGAACACAUCCCCCGAAGAGCAGCAGCAGCAGCAGCAGCAGCAGCAGAAGUUGCAGGCAUUGCCGGAGAUGGUCAGUGUGCUGCCGCCGGCGCUGCGGUGUCUGGUGUACCUGUGGGAGCAGAUCUGCUCCGGCUGUGUGCAGAUUGUCCAGACGAAUGGCCUCGAGCAGCCGCGACAGACGCGCCUGCUCUCGCCCAUCCACCACGCGGACGGGCACGAGGCCAAGGAGGGCAAGCUGGCAGGUGGCGGGCAUCACAUGGAUCAGGGUGCGGCGGGUGCCGGCGAGAAGGAGGGCAAGAAGACGAAGCGCAAGAAGAAGGACGAUGGCAGCUGGUGCGAGAUCUGCGAGCUCUUCCUGCCGAUGCCCGUCACAUAUCACAUGCGGAUCGCCCAUCCGGGCUGCGGCAAGUCCGCCAAGGGCAAGGGCUACAACUCGGUGGGCAUCUUCUGCGAGGGCUGGGCCGGCAACUGCGGCGAGGGCGGCAAGGGUGCCUCCUCCUGGUUCCUCAUGUGCGACACGUGCCGCGAUCGCUAUUUGGCCAGCUGCCGCAGCACCAACAACAUCAACAGCGUGGCACGCGGCCAGGAGGCAAACUCCGCAGAGGACAAUGUCCUCAAUCUCUUUGGCGUCCGUUCCACGCUGAUUGCCAAUGCCGAAGUCUACACCACAAUGCGCGAGAAUGCCACAUUCCUGCUGGAACUUUGCUCCAGCUUCAACAGCACCGCCGUCGCCAGCAGCAGCAGCAACAACUGUCUGUCGCGACGCUCGCCUCAGUCCAUGGCCAUGCCGGUGGUCAUUGAGCAUCAUCACCAUCAUCACCAUCAUCUGCAUCAUCCGUUGGGAGUGGCCGAUCUAAAGCCCGGCACCAGCCGCAACAGUCGCAUGGCACGACUCAGCGGCGGCCCCAAGUUUGGCCCCGUCGUGGGUGUGGGUGUGGGUGUGGGUGGAGCCUUUCGCAAGAGCUUUGUGGGCGGACCACCGACUGCCCCGGACAACCUCUGGCUGGCACCCGAGAGCUUUGCGUGCCUGGAGUGCCUGGGCACGGCGGGGCACGAGGAUCCGCCCUACGAGAUGUUCGGCCUGGGACCCAACGACAAUGCCUUCGAUAGGCCACUCUCUGAGAUAUCGUACGAGUCGUGCGAUCCCAACAACUACGAUGUGGGUGGUGGACCCUUGGCAGCGGGCACGAGUGCAGCAGCCGCUGCCGCUGGUGCCGUCUCCAAGUUCCAUCGCAGCUACUCCAUGGGCCAGGGCUGGGCCUCGCUUGUGCAGCAAGCAACACAGGCGCCACAGCAGCAGCAACAGGCGCCACAGCAGCAGCAGCAGCAGCAGCAGCAGCAGCAGGAGACACCGCCAAAGGUUGUCUACCGGCGCAGGAAUAACUUGAGCAGCGAGAGCGAGGGCGCGCGGCUCAUCUGCUAUCCAUCGGAGCACCUGCGACGCCUUGUGCCGCACAAGCUGCUGGCCAGCGUAACUGUGCUCCAAACAGCCGCCUCCACAUCGGCAGCAGCAGCAGAGGGAGAAGCCCAGGCCAUCAGUCCAGGGCCAGAGCAAGCAUCAGCAGGAGCAGGAGCAGGAGCAGGAGGAGGAGCGGCAGGUAGCUCUCUGCUGUCCCGACCUGCCAUGGCAUUCAUUACGCAGAAACACGAGCUGGAGCGGCUGCGGGCAGCCAUGCGGCGCAGCCUGAGGAUCUCCGUGUGCCGCAGCUACUCCCUGCAGGCGCUCAACUGGCUGCUGCGCAGCGUUACCCAGGGCGUGUGCCUGCACGAUCUGAUGUGGUGGUUCGUCAGCUCGCUGGAGACGGCCGUCACCCAUCUGCCGGAUGGCAGGUACGAGGAGUCGCCGGACAUGGCGCUGGAGCAUCCGGCAGCGUACACACAGAUCAGCGGCCGCUUUGCCCAUCUGAUAACCCAAUCGCUGCACGUCCUGCUGCAGUCUGUGGCCGAUCUGACGCUCCACUUGCCGCCGGGCUCGCCGCUGCAGCGCGUGGCCAUCCAGUGCUUUGGCAUACGCUUCCGGCAGGCCGACCAUCAGUUCCUGCACAGCUCCCAUGUCUUUGGCAACAUCUCGAAGAUCCUGUCCAAGUCGGACGAGCAGAAUGACGCCAUGGCCGUGUCCACGCUGCUCAAGUCCGACUCCCACUGCGACGUCAUCGAGCACAACCAGUCGAGCGGCGGACCCGGUGGUCGGGUCAUCUGCUACACAGAUCUCGCGGGAAUGUUCGACAUUGCCGUGUCGUCGCGGCCGGCGAUGGCCGAGUCCCUCACGGACAACUCCACGGAGACGUUCUGGGAGAGCGACGAGGAGGAUCGCAACAAGGUGAAAAUCAUUGAAGUGUCCCUCAUUCGGCUGACGUACGCGUGCCGCUUUCUGCUCGUGCACAUUGACAACAGUCGCGACAUUCAGAACAAAGUCCUCAAUGUUGGCUUCUAUGCGGGCCAAUCGCUGGGCGACACGAACCUAAUCAAGUCGGUGGAUGUGGACUCGAAGGCGUGCACCUGGAUCUCGGCCAAGGUCAACGACGACAGCUACACCCACUUCCGGUUGGAGCUGCACGGGCCCGAGAACACGCUGCGCGUGCGCCAGAUCAAGCUGCUGGGUUUGCCCAUCCAGCAUCAGGGACAGCAGGGACAGCAGGGACAACAGUUCCAGACAAUUGGCGAGGGCAUGCGCCUCGGCAUGGGCUUGGGCAUGGGCAUGGGCAUGGGUCUGGGCUUAGGCCUGGGCCUGGACGAACCCUUUGGCAGCGAGCCAAAGCCCUAUAUGCGGCUCAGUCAUGCCUCCCACAUCCAGCAGCAGAUCUGCGAAGCGGAAACCCUGCGCGUCUUUCGCCUGAUCACCGGCCAGGUGUUUGGCAAGCUCAUCAGCAAUGUGAAUGCCGUGCGCAGCAGCGAGGAGCCGCCACCGGAGGUGCCCGGCCCAGCUGGCAGCAGCAGCGGCGGUGCCGGUGGCAGCUCCCUGCUGGCCGACUCCCUCGAUCUGCGCGAACACAUGGUCGGCAUUCUGUUCUCGCGCAGCAAGCUGUCGCAUCUGCAGAAGCAGGUGAUUGUCCACAUUGUGCACGCCAUCCGGCGGGAGGCACUGCGCGCCAAGGAGGACUGGGAGCUGGCCAAUCUGGCGCACGAUCUCAAGAAUCCCAUGGAGGCGGCAGCCGCAGCUCUGCCGGGUCCGCCACUGCCGCAGCAGGCUGGAGCCGGCAGCGGGGAGAGCAGCUCGGAGCGCAACGUCCGAGCACCGGACACGUACUGCUUCGAGAUGCUGAGCAUGGUGCUGGCCCUGUCCGGCAGCGUCGUGGGUCGCUCCUAUCUGUCCCAGCAGCACGGCCUGCUGCGCGAUCUCCUGGGACUGCUGCACACCGGCAGCGACCGUGUCCAGCGCCAGGUGACGGCCCUGCUGCGGCGCAUUCUGCCCGAGAUCUCGCCGGAGAGCUUUGCGGAUCUGUUGGGCGUGCAGCGGCUGCCGCCGGCCGACUACAGCAUUGCGCACCAGAGCGGCAGCGACUUUGACAUGAGUCGCCUGGGACUGCUGGACAUCUUUCUGGCUGUCAUAGCCAAGUCCCUGCAGCUGCAGGUCAAAGUGAAGACCACAGCGGCAACGGCAGGCAGCAACGGCGGAGGAGGCGGAGGCUCGGGCCAAGGCCAGCAGAAGCAGGGACAGCAGGAGAAGACGCCGGCCUUUGUGCGGCUCUGCAGCUCUCUGGAUCUGUCCGUGCAACAGCUGCGCUCCCGUCCACCCACAGGCGAGGCCCAAGUGCCGGCAACAUCGGGCGCUGCCUCAGCCGCAGCCGAUCCCUUCCAGUUCGAGCUGGCAGCGCCGCCCAGAAAGGAGUCCAAGCGGAAUCUCAAUCAGCGUUGGUUCCUCAACGGCGUCAUCUCAACCAAGCAGGCCGAAAGCAUUAUCGGCCUCAUCCGGGACCUGGCAAGCGGAAAGCUGAGCGAAAAGUGGUCACAGACGACGAAGGCGGCCAUUGCCGAGUCCGUGUUGAAUUUGACGCGACUCGAGGAGAUUUAUCGCACGCCGGAGCACUGCACCAAGACGUCCACGUUGUGGCUGGCGCUGGCCAGCCUGUGUGUCCUCGAGCGUGAUCACGUGGAGAAGCUGUCGUCCGGCCAGUGGUCCAAGGUGUGCGACACCCGACCCAUGUGCAGCAACCACGAUGAUGGCGAAACGGCGGCCAUCAUACAGUGCGAGACAUGCGGCUCCCUUUGCGGCGACUGCGAUCGUUUUUUGCAUCUCAAUCGCAAGACUCGAGCGCACAAGCGAACGGUGUGCAAGGAGGAAGAGGAGGCCAUACGCGUGGAGCUGCAUGAAUCGUGCGGCCGUACGAAACUCUUUUGGCUGCUCGCGCUGGCCGAUUCGAAGACGCUCAAGGCCAUGGUGGAGUUCCGCGACGGCAGCCACACGAUCAUUUCGGGGCCGCAGGAGGCGGUGGGCAGAUGCCGCUUCUGCGGCCUCACCGGCAACUCGGGCUUGCUGGAGAUUGGCAAUGUGUGCGCGGAUGCGCAGUGUCAGGAAUAUGCCGCGAAUUCCUGCCUCAAAACGAAACCCUGCGGCCAUGCGUGCGGCGGCGUUGUGGGUGAGGAGAAGUGUCUGCCCUGCCUGCAGCACGUGUGCCAUGCCCGGGAGAACGAGCUGGCCGAGGAGCAGCACGAUCCGAAGCUCACACAGGACGCGGAUGACAUGUGCAUGAUCUGCUUUGUAGAGGCAGUCUCCUGUGCUCCCUCCAUACAUCUGGAGUGUGGACAUGUGUUCCACUUUCAUUGCAGCAAGGCGGUGCUGGAGAAGCGCUGGAGCGGACCACGCAUCACAUUUGGCUUCUCGUUGUGCCCCAUCUGCAAGGCGGAUAUCCAUCAUCCGCUGCUGCGCGACACACUGCAGCCGAUCAAUGCCCUCAAGCAGGAUGUCAAGCGCAAGGCGCUGAUGCGCAUCAAGUACGAAGGCGUUGUCAAGGACACGGAGAGCAAGGACGUGAAUGUGACACAGUUGGCCAUGGAUCGGUAUGCGUAUUACGUGUGCUUCAAGUGCCAAAAGGCAUACUACGGCGGUGAGGCACGCUGCGACGCGGAGAUCGGCGAGAAGUUCGAUCCCGAGGAGCUCGUGUGCGGCGGCUGCUCGGAUGUGGCACGCGCCCAGAUGUGCCCCAAGCACGGCACCGACUUCCUCGAGUACAAGUGCCGCUACUGCUGCUCGGUGGCGGUGUUCUUCUGCUUCGGCACGACACACUUUUGCGACACAUGCCACGACGAUUUCCAGCGGCUGACCAAUAUACCGAAGAUCAAGCUGCCGCAGUGCCCAGCCGGCCCGAAGGCCAAGCAGCUGCUGGGAGACGAGUGCCCGCUGCACGUAAUGCAUCCGCCCACCGGCGAGGAGUUCGCCCUAGGCUGUGGCGUCUGCCGCAAUGCCCAAACAUUUUAGCCACGGACCAACAUAGAGUCCGAUCCGGAGCCAGACUCGCUCGAGUACGAUGACUCGGACGAGGGUCGGGAGGCAGCGUUGCCCGGCUACUGGUGCACUGGCAUGGAGGAUGACUCCCAGACAUAUUUAUAGACGAACUUAAAUCGUAUCCAUAAACCAAAGCAAACCAAAACAUAUACGUAGCUGUCCCCCCCCCUCAGAUAUUGAUGUCUACAUAUGGGAAUGACAAUUGCAAAACGGAAAUGGAAAUGGAUAUGAAAUGAAAUGUUAUCCAAGGGAUGCUAAGGGAUGGUCAUAAUCAAACUUAGAAUCAAAAGAAACCGAAACAAAUCCCUGAGAUUAUUCCCACAUAAAACUAAACGUAUUGAUGUGUACUUAGAUGCUAAAUAUGAAUGAGAAACAUAAACAUAAACAGACGGAACGGAACGGACUCACAUGAGAGAUGCAGAUAAAGAUACGGAUAGGGAUAGGGAAUCCGCUGAAUUGAUAUUAUCUAGGAUAGAGCAUUACGGAUAGGAGUUAGCGAAUAAAUGGAUAACACGGAUAAUGCCUAAGCUGGAUAGCGGUGGUUCGAUUAUAUCCAUUUGCAAUAUUAUUUCUAAUACUCAAAAUUUGUCCAACGAAACUUGAUUUUAUUUUUCACUCAUUCGGAGGAA